CGGCAACUCAGCUGAUCCAUUAAAGGUUCUGCUCUGUGUGCUCAUUGCUAUAAGCCUACUACAGAGAUAACACAACGGUUUGAGACGAAGGCACAAAUUACUUAAAAAAUGAGGAGUUGGAGGUGUAGUGUGUCUUGGGGGGGUCUGCUCCUCCUCCUGUCCUGCUCUCUGCUGUGCACCCACUCUCGAGUGGCUGCAGCACAUCAGCAGCAUCCGCCUCCGGUCACAGAAAGCGGCUCUCACAUAUCCCAGCAAGGCCGCCUGGACAAAAACAUGGUGCAGGACAAAGAUCACAUCAUGGAGCAUUUGGAUGGAGUGAUAGACAAGCCGGAGACAGACAUGACGCCUCAGGAGCUGCAGCUGCAUUAUUUCAAGAUGCACGAUUAUGAUGGAAACAACCUGCUGGACGGUCUGGAGCUAGCCACAGCAAUAUCACACGUACACAAAGAAGAAAGAGGAGAGAACAGCCAACCAAUGAGAGAGGAAGAACUUAUUGCAUUAAUCGACGAUGUUCUGAAGGAUGACGACAAAAACAACGAUGGAUACAUAGAUUAUGCAGAGUUUGCCAAAUCACUGGAGUAAAGUGCCUUUCAGCAUCUUCAUGUCCACAAAAACAGAGGACUCAAAGGCGAGCCGACUAAUUAGGGGAACUGGUGAUUUACAAAGCUUGUGAUAAUUCAGACAAGCUGAUAGGAGCAUAAAUGAUAAACAAAAAAAGAUGCAACAGAAAGUGCUCCUUGUUAUAGUUUUACUGUGUAUGUGUACGUUUCAGAGGAGUAGUUUUUUUACAUCCUCUGGUCUGUAUAUUCCUUUAAAUCUAAUUUUUAAAGGGUCAGCUUAACCAAAUUGCUUUU